AUGGGUGCUUUUAGCAAAGAAACAGGCUGGCCUCACGGUCCAGUAAAGGACACUGAUCCUGUUUUCGAGCUUGAAAAGAAAGUACCAGAGCAGGAUGCAUUUCCCGUGACGAGGGUGAGCGUCGCGAUAACCGAAUUCGCCCAGAAGUUAAACGUAAUGUCCUUCAUUGUAUUCCCGCCACUUGUUUAUGGUCGAGGUACCGGCCCGUACAAGAAGCUGUCCGUUCAGGUGCCUGGCCUCAUUCGUGCAUUCAUUGCACAGAAGAUGGUAUACAAAUUCGACUACGAAGGUCGGUGGCCGGCAGCGCAUAUAUCUGAUGUAGUAGACUACUACCUUCUGCUUAUCGGGCUCAUUAUCCAAGGAAAGCCUCCCCAGAGUGGUGAAAAAGGAUAUUAUUUCGUGGCAACUCAUUACUUAAGCUGGUGGGAAAUAUCAGAAGGCCUGGCCAAGUCUCUUCAUGCCCGCAGUUUGGUGAAAGAGCCGAUACCAGCUGUUUGGCCAAGCGUAGAACUUGCCGAAAAGGCUCUCGGGUUUCCGUCGCCAUACGUGCAGGUCGCUUUUAGUUCAAGUCCACAGGGUAUUGCAGACAAAAAAUACGCCAUUGGAUGGGAACCAAAGUGGAAUGCUCCCGACUUUUUUAAGGUUAUUGAUGACGAGGUUCAGAGCGUACUUGAUCUUGAUAUAGCUCGAGCUUCUAUUGCGGAUUUCUUCGCAAAGGAGAAUGUCGGGGAGUUGAAGGAAUAG